AUGAUUGGACUUCCAUUGGAUAGUGAUUCCACAAGCAAAAGAAAAAAGUACUCCAUUGUUGGAGGUUUAACCUUCAUCAUCUUGUUAAUUGUCUUCUUUUCAACAAAUUUAUUCAAUUAUUUCAAAAUUGCCAUAACCCCAAUCCCGGGAAAAGACUCCAAAAUCUGCCCUUUGCAAAACCCAAUUGCUCCUCCUUCAUUCCACAAGGACAAUUCCUCAGUAUUGGACAUUUUAUACGGUUCAAAGUAUAGAGAACAGUCAAUUGAGAGAUUAUCGGGAGCUAUUCAAGUUGAUACCCAAAUUUUUGACAACCAGCCUGAUGUGGAUGAAGCACCGGAGGUAUGGGCUAAAUUUAAGAAGUUCCACAAGUAUUUGCAAUCUACUUUCCCUUUGAUUUAUGAAAACUUGGACGUCACCACGGUUAAUACUUAUGGGUUGGUGUACACCUGGAAAGGAUCCAAGAAGGAUCUUAAGCCAGUUUUGUUAACUGCUCAUCAAGAUACUGUGCCCAUUCAGAAAGAUACUUUAGAUAAGUGGACUUAUCCACCAUUGGAAGGUCAUUAUGAUGGUAAAUACAUUUACGGCAGAGGUGCUUCUGAUUGCAAAAACACCUUGAUUGCCAUUUUGGAAACAUUGGAACUCUUGCUCAAACAAGGCUAUAAUCCAAGUAGAACCAUAAUUGCUGCAUUUGGAUUUGAUGAAGAAGCUUCAGGAGUCCGCGGUGCUGCUUCCAUCGGCAAAUACUUGGAAGAGAAAUUGGGCAAAGAUUCCGUAUAUGCCAUUAUCGAUGAGGGUCCAGGCUUAACCACUGAUGCGUUAACCGAUACUAUUAUUGCUGUUCCAGCUACAGGUGAAAAGGGCUACACUGACAUUCACGUGGAAUUGAUUACUCCUGGUGGCCACUCAUCCAUCCCACCUGACCAUACAUCAAUUGGAAUUAUGUCUGAAUUAGGAUACAUCAUUGAAAAGGAUCCUUAUGAAUCUAUUUUGACUAAGAAGAACCCGAUUUUCCAAUACUUCCAAUGCGUCGCUGUCCAUGACCCCAAGGAUAAGAUCCCAAAGACUUUUAAGAAGAUUAUAUUGAGGUCUGGAUUUGACAAGUUUGCAAAUUCGAAAUUAGUGGCUAAGAUUUCUGAAAACAAAUUGUUGAAGUAUUUAAUUAGAACAUCGCAAGCUUUAGAUAUUAUUAAAGGUGGUGAAAAGGUCAAUGCGUUACCUGAAGAUACAAAGUUGGCAGUUAACCAUCGUGUUGCUAUUGAAUCUAACGUCGCUGCUGUCAAACACCACUUCACUCAACGUGUAAUUGAGGUUGCCAAGAGACAUGGCUUAAAAGUGACCUCUUUUGGAAAAACUGUUUAUGAACCCGAAGGAACUGAAUAUGCCGGAGAAUUCAAAGUAACUGGUGAUGCCGGUUUGGAGUCUGCGCCUAUUUCACCUACUGAUGACAAUGUAUGGGCAUAUUUGUCUGGUGUUACAAGACACGUUUUUGAAGAUUUGGUUUAUACCAACUUGACAUAUCCAAUUGUGUCUGCUCCAGCAAUUAUGUCGGGUAACACUGAUACUAGAUACUACUGGAACUUGACGAGAAAUAUCUUUAGAUACUCACCAUUUUAUGUUUUCAAUAUUGUGGGUAGUGGUGUUCAUUCGGUCGAUGAGCGAUUGCAAUUCGAUGGACAUUUGCAAUUACAUGCUUGGUUCUAUGAAUAUUUGCAAGCUAUUGAUACUGCAAAAGCAAAUAAUUAG